CAUUGAUAAAAGUCAAACUUUGAGGGUACCAGUGAUAAAAUCCAAAAAAAAAAACAACUCGUGUAUCGAACGGGUCAAAAGACUAGUUAGGUGAAUAAUCUAAUCCCGAUCACUUAGCUAAGAUACACGUGGCAACAAUGGACCCCAGCAGAUUUCCCAUCCGACGUGGCAUCUCCAAAAUCACCCAAUCCACCAAAAUUUUCUCUCUCUCCUCCAUAACGAUAACCAGGUUACCAACCACCAUCAUCUGCUACUCCACUUGUUUUCCGCCAUGGCUGCUUCUGCUACAGCUUCAGCUUCAGCUUCCUCUUCAACACUCUUCUCAACUUUCGAACCUCAAUUUUCUCUCUCCUCCAACCGCACCACUCUCUCUCUUCCUCGCCGUCAAUUCCGCCUCCCUAACCGCCCUCUCAGGAUUUCCGCCGCCGUUUCUUCGCCGGCUCCGGUGGUUCCUUCUUCUCCCGCCGAUUUUGUCUCCUCUCUUCUCUCCAAGAUCAAAGCCAGAUUCUCACCAAAUAAUGCCGGUGAUCUCGUCUCUGACAUCCUCUCUAAGGUCACUGAAACAGAUCGAGGUGUUUUAUUAACAAAAGAAGAGCAAAAGGAAGUUGGUGAAAUUGCUGAAGAACUUCAGAAAUAUUGUGUUAAUGCCCCAGUAAAAUGUCCACUCAUUUUUGGAGAGUGGGAUGUGGUUUACUGUUCAAAUCCAACUUCACCUGGUGGUGGCUACCGGAGUGCAAUAGGACGUCUUGUGUUUAAGACAAACGAAAUGAUUCAAGUUAUUGAAGCUCCUGAUACUGUCAGGAACAAAGUAUCUUUUUCUGCUUUUGGUUUCCUUGAUGGUGAGGUAUCUUUGAAAGGUAAGCUGAUAGCUUUGGAUGAGAGUUGGAUUCAGGUUAUAUUCGAGGCACCUGAAUUGAAGGUAGGAGGACUUGAAUUUCAGUAUGGUGGACAGAGUGAGGUCAAGCUGCAGAUUACUUAUGUAGAUAAGAAAGUCAGGUUGGGGAAAGGCUCUAGAGGAUCAUUGUUUGUUUUCCAAAGACGUUAAUGAAUUAUGAUAUUAUGUAUAUUCAUCCUCGUUUACCAAUUAUACACAACUGCCAAGAAGUCUUGUACUACAAUCUGGGUUGAUUCUUUCGUCAUAUAUGUGCGAAUCAACGACCCUGCAAACUCCGGUAGUCAUUUCUGAUUCACAAUUCCGUUUUGACCGUAAACAACCAGCAUGCAUAUGUUCAUCAACUCAUCAAGGGAUGCUGACUGUUAUCAUAAACCAAGCUAGUACAAACGGUAGCUAUUGUAUUUGUAUCAUAUUUGAACAAUCUGGAUUUUAGUUUCAGCUGAGGAAUGUAUGUUUAGCAGGUUUGUGAAAUUUGAAACUAUUAAGAAAGUUUCAGCUUA